AGCAGACGCCAGGCGCAGCCCGGAGUGUCGGAAGGUGAUCGCGCUAGUCGGACCCGCGGAUCGCAGCCUGUAGAUCGCAGCCCGGGCCUGGAGUACAGCAGCAAGUGAAGGGGUUCCUCUUCCUGAAGGAGGGGGUCAUGGCCUUCCUGUUGAUUACCCGACGGCUGGCCUGCAGUUCCCAGAAAAACCUCCACCUCUUCACAACUGGAUCCAGAUAUAUCAGCCAAGCCGCUGCCAAAGUUGACAUUGAAUUUGAUUAUGAUGGACCACUCAUGAAGACAGAAGUCCCAGGGCCUAGAUCUAAGGAGCUAAUGAAACAGCUGAACACAAUCCAGAAUGCAGAGGCCGUGCACUUUUUCUGCAACUAUGAAGAGAGCCGAGGCAACUACCUCGUGGACGUGGACGGCAACCGCAUGCUGGACCUGUAUUCUCAGAUCUCCUCUGUGCCCAUAGGUUACAACCAUCCAGCUCUGGCGAAACUCAUCCAACAGCCUCAGAACGCGAGCACGUUCAUCAACAGACCUGCCCUGGGCAUCCUGCCUCCAGAGAACUUUGUGGACAAGCUCCGGGAGUCCUUGAUGUCGGUGGCGCCCAAAGGCAUGUCCCAGCUCAUCACCAUGGCCUGUGGUUCCUGCUCCAACGAGAAUGCAUUCAAGACCAUCUUCAUGUGGUACCGGAGUAAGGAACGAGGGCAGAGAGGUUUCUCCAAAGAGGAGCUGGAGACCUGCAUGGUUAACCAGAGUCCUGGAUGCCCAGACUACAGCAUCCUGUCCUUCAUGGGUGCUUUCCAUGGGAGGACCAUGGGCUGCUUAGCGACCACACACUCCAAAGCAAUUCACAAGAUUGACAUCCCUUCCUUCGACUGGCCCAUUGCUCCAUUCCCACGGCUGAAAUAUCCCCUGGAGGAGUUCGUGACGGACAACCAGCAAGAGGAGGCCCGAUGCCUAGAGGAGGUGGAGGAUCUAAUUGUGAAAUAUCGGAAAAAGAAGAGAACGGUGGCUGGAAUCAUCGUGGAGCCCAUCCAGUCCGAGGGCGGGGACAACCACGCGUCCGAUGACUUCUUCCGGAAGCUGAGAGACAUAGCCAGAAAGCAUGGCUGUGCCUUCUUGGUGGACGAGGUUCAGACUGGAGGAGGGUGUACAGGCAAGUUCUGGGCCCACGAACACUGGGGCUUGGAUGACCCUGCCGAUGUCAUGUCGUUCAGCAAGAAGAUGAUGACUGGGGGCUUCUUCCACAAGGAGGAGUUUCGGCCAAGUGCUCCUUACCGGAUCUUCAACACCUGGCUGGGGGACCCAUCCAAGAACUUGCUGCUGACUGAGGUCAUCAACAUUAUCAAGCGAGAAGACCUGCUCACCAACGUGACCCACGCUGGGAAGACCCUACUCACGGGGCUGCUAGACCUCCAGGCCCAGUACCCCCAGUUCAUCAGCAGGGUGAGGGGACGAGGCACCUUCUGUUCCUUCGACACUCCCGACGAAGCCAUACGGAAUAAACUCAUCCUAAUUGCCAGGAACAAAGGUGUGGUACUGGGGGGCUGCGGUGACAAAUCCAUCCGUUUCCGCCCCACGCUGGUCUUCAGGGAUCACCACGCCCAUCUGUUCCUCAACAUUUUCAGUGGCAUCUUAGCAGAUUUCAAGUAAUGAAGCCAUCUCCAUGACGCUCAGAGAAAGCCCUGUCUCAGUGGUGUCAACUUGAUUAGUUUGCCUAAUUCAUAUUUUCACUUCAAAGUUUAUCAGAGGCGAAUGCAUAAACUAAAGGGUCAUUUGUGGGGCAGGCUCAUUGGUUAGUGCUUGUGAAGGAGCAGGUAGGGAGGACCACAGUUUGAGGAACACCCCCUGCAGAGCUCAUGGUGGCCAUUGGUUAAAGCCCAGAAGUUCUGUGUAAGCAUUGAACACUGUCUUAGGAAAGGCCCUGAGGCCAUAUUUCUGCCAACCCUGGACCAAGCAGUCUUUUAGAAGCCACUCAAGGGUAUUACACAUGCUCCGAGGUGGGUGGGUCUCUGUCCGGCUCAAGUACCCUAUCUUGGGGUCAGAGAUAAUGGCGUUCUCUUGUCCCUCAUCUAAUCCCUAGCUUCAUGCCCCACUCAUGACUUACUGAGGGUCUGAAUGGCUGUCAGGAAGAUGACAAGGUAGGGAGGUAAGGACUGUGUUUGGAGGUUUCUGGUAUGCUAAACACCAAGAUCCACUCAGCCCUGGGCCCUGAUGAUGUCCCUGGCCUGUGAAUUCUGUCUGGAGGAUCUCCAGUUGUGUCAAUGAUAUAGUUUAGUCAACAUUUCCAUCCUGGGCCAAUCUGGACUCGGGCGAGGGAGACAACAUCCUGAGCAGCCAGGAGACUCGUGGAACCCGACGUUGUCUCUGGGGUGUGUGCAGAGGAACACGGACAGCAAAGCCCUCCA